AUGUGCGCCAAUAUUCCAGAAUCCGACUUCUUUUACGAAAACGAAAAUUUGAACCACAACUUGGAAUCCCUUACGCCUUUAAACUGUGAUGUUAACUCGCCCUUUUUCCCCAUAAUUAAUAAUGACGUUAAUAUCAAUGACUACAAUGAUGAAAACGUGACUUAUUCUAAUUUUUUAUUGUCUUAUAAGAAUAAGCUCCCUACUACAACUAAUAACAAUAAUAGCAUCAAUAAUAGUAAUAAUAAUCAUAAUAAUAAUAAUAAUAUCAAAAAUAAUAAUAAUCAUAAUAAUAAUAAUAUUAAUAAAAAAGUUAAUAGUAACAAUCUACUGGGUAAUGACAUAAGCCAAAUGGCUUUCUUACUAGAUUACCCUUCUACUCUCAAUGAACCGCAAUUUGCCGUUAGUUGCAAGGAUAUUUACAAAAAGGAUAUAUCCACCCCUUCUUCGUUGGUAUCGAGCUUACCAUCUGCCAAUUUUUCGUUAUCUCUAUYAAAUUCACCCUCCCCUCCAGCACCACUAUCUUCCUCCUUAAAGCAGGAAAAAGCGUCAGAUCGUGACAUCGAAACAAAUAGCGCCAUCUUCGCUGACCCUGCCGCAUUUGAAAGGGAGACAUUUACGCAAGAACUAACGUUGGAAAACCUAAAUAAUCAGCUAAACUAUCCGGAUUUCACCAUAAACGCCGUUGAGCAAGAUCCCAUUCCUUCUUCUUUUUCGUCGUCCUCGUCCUCGUCUUCAGAAUCGUCAUCAUCUUCCUCUAAGAGGAAAGGAAAAUCCUGUCACGAUUCAUUCUCUCACUCUUCACCCUCCUCUUCUUCUGAGUCUAAGAAAAUUUCAGACUCCAGAUUAUCCGCUGAAGGUCUGGCUAAAGUGCUAAACUUGGAGUCCCCCGAAGAAGCGUUGAAAAGAGAACGCUUCAUACUGGGCAUUUUCCAGAAUGAACUCAAUUACCCGCUAGGCUACAAGACAUGGAUUAGAGACACUACAAAGGAAUACAGGACAAAAUUAAUCAAUCAACUGCAUCAACGCGUAAGGGUCAAGUAUCCGGAAUACGACCAAUCCAUUUUGGAAACUAUAAUUAGGCGGGGUACCUACUACAUGAUGCAGAGUAGGUUAAGAAGGGAAAGAAGAACGAAACUAAAAGAACGUAAAAGAACAACCUAA